AGCGCUCUCCCAGCAGUUUGUUGGCCGUAGCUGAUUUCCUUCCACCUUGAUCAAAACAAAGCCGAAGCACCCGGAUAAAACUCGUUGGAGUUCGUCGAACGCAGAGUUUUUAUGCCUAACCUUUUUGCUCCCCAUAAAACUUUUUUAUUCUUUCAAAAAAACAAAGACCGUAAAAAGCUGUCGUCGAGGCUGUCAUGUUGAACGCAGACGAAAGUUCGUGGUUAUUGGGCUUGCGGCUUCCAGGCUCCGUUCCUCCUCCCCCAGGGCCUCAGUGGUGCUCCGAUGCCCCUCACCCACAGCUGAAGAUCCCGGGUGGGCGAGGGACUUUCAGGGAUCACGCUCUUGACGAUGUGCUUCUACAUAAGGAUGACAAGUUGACGGUGACGCAGGCAGCGAAGGUGAAGGGGAACCCCUCGCCGCUGCACUUCCGCUACCAGCUGAGCGAGCGCCGCUCGGCCUCUUGGGAUACGGUGUUGUCAGAAGGUAGCCUCUUCCUGGAGAUUCCUGCCGGGCCGCUGGCCGAGGGGAGCAAAGAAGGGCUCACCGCUUUGCUGGAAUUUGCAGAGGAGAAGCUGAAGGUGAACUCUGUCUUCCUGUGGUUCUGCAAAGUGCGAGAGGAUCGACUGUCCAUUGUCAAGACGUUCCACUACAUGGGCUUCGAGGUGGUGAAGCCUGGGAACCCCUCGGUUCCGGCCCGCCCCGACUUGGCCUUCAUGCUUUACUCUCUGGACGUCGCCAGCAGCUCGGACGAGGAGUGAGCCCACCUUGACAGCCCCUCCCCCACCUGCCAUUUCCUAAUACCUUAAGGAUCAAGGCUCUUUUUCUUUCCCCCUGUAAGACUGCGAAUCAAUUUCCUUGAAAGCUAGUUGUCACAUGCCAGCUGUUACCUGACCCCCCCUUCCUGCUUCCUUUUUCUUGACACCAUCAAUGACAGAGCGUCAAAAACAACUUUUUGAAGAUUUGUUAACACCCGCCAUCACAUCGCGUUGUUUUCAAAGUAACUUUGGGACAACUUUGUGACAGCCACGUUGGGACAAAACAUUACGUCGCCCUCCGCUCCGCUUCAUCAAGAGGGAUGUGAGUUUCAACCAACCUUUUAUUUAUUUUUUUCUUUACAAGUACUUAAAAAAUUCCGUAACGCGUCAGUCAUUCUGGUUCAUUUGAAUUUGUUGGCCACUUCGAUUUAUCAACGUCAAAGGUCAGGGGUCAAUAUCCGAGAAGUCAUCAGAUGGUCGACAUCAAUAAAGGAUUGUGUGAGCCAAUGAAACUGUUACAAUGUCGUGUUUGGCUAUUGUCGCGCCACUCUUUUGACUCCACUAAGUCAUUGGCCAGUCUUAAUUUAUCCACAUUGAAAACUUCAAUGUAUUUUUUGUUGACAUCGUCGAGGUGCUCGCAGAAAACAUUUGUCGGUCUACUUGCAAGUAAGACCUGAUUACAUCUUUGUGGCCCCAUCCGUCUUCCCGACCCGUUUGUGCCUCAUGAACGGACUUCGCCUUUUAAGUCUUAUGGAGGACCGUGUUCCUGAUUUUCAGCCCCAACGUCAGUUCCGUGUGCAAAACAGAAAAAAUAAAGCACUUCGGGGUGUUACCAUCAUAUGCAAUCAGCUGUAACGUCGCAGAUGCGUACGUAUGUAAUAUUUUUUUGAUGUAGCACUUUGAACUCGAUGCCAAAGAAACUUUGAUCUUGGCUUGGGGGGCGGGGCAACUUUUGUUUCUUCCCGGUCUAAUCAAUAUUAUGCAGUUUCUCUCAAGUUCUAUUUUCUAUGUGUAUAUAUUUCUUAAGAUUGGCAUAGUUGAGGUAUUUAUUGUUUUGUUUCCCGGUGACAGUUUGCUUCCAUUGUUGGACAGUCCACACUGUGGAUAAGCUUGUCACUUGUGGUGGGGAAAAUAAUUGUAAAGAAAAAAAACCAAAUAAAAAGGCUUUAAAAAUGUAUUGCCGUGUCUGCUGUUAUCACAGAGAAGAAAAAAAAAAAAGCAGUCAGUAAAAAAGUUACCGGGAAAAAGUAGUGAGUUGCUCCAUUUAUCAUUUAAUAUUCUUUUAAUAUUGUAGCUCUAGAAUGACUACUAUUAAUGUAUUGUCAGGACAUUUAUUAACAUUUUUUCAAUAUCUUGUUUUCAAUUAAACUUGCACAUCGUU